AUGCUAUCAAUCGCAUUAUACUUCAACUGGCCGGUGCAGCAGUUGGAUGUAGCCAACGCAUUCUUGCAUGGCAACUUGUCCGAAACUAUAUAUAUAAAGCAACCUAAAGGCUUUGAAGAUAGCACUAGACCACAACAUGUAUGUCGCUUAAAUAAAGCCAUCUAUGGACUAAAACAAGCGCCGCGCCAAUGGUACAACAGGUUCACGGCAUUUCUUCUCACGCUCGGUUUCUCACACAGUCAAGCUGACCCUUCGCUUCUAAUCUAUCCCAAGGCUCAAGUCAGUAUUUUCUUACUUAUAUAUGUUGAUGAUAUAUUAAUUACAGGAAAUAAUCAACAACAUAUUAACCACAUCCUGACGCGACUUGACUCAGAAUUUGCAAUGAAACGCCUUGGCCAAGUAAGUGAAUUCUUAGGCAUAAAAAUUUCGAAAUCUAACAAUUCUUACUUCCUCUCUCAGGCCAAAUACGCGCUCAAGAUCCUUCAGCAGGCGGAUCUUACCCUCUGCAACCCGCUAGCAAAUCCUACGUGCACGAAGCUUCCGUCUGAAUACACCUCUGUUUUCCUUAAUGAAAAUCCCGCACAGUAUCGCAGCAUUACGGGAGCUCUACAGUAUUUAACUUUAACUCGCCCUGACAUUUCGUUUAGCGUUAAUCUCCUAUCGCAACACAUGCAUGAACCUCUUCAAAAACAUUUCUAUUUGCUCAAACGAUUGCUCAGAUACAUCAAAGGUACGUUACACUUCGGUUUACCUAUCACUAAAACUGAUCUUGUUUUAAAAUCCUUUUCAGACGUGGAUUGGGCCGGCGACCCUAUCACAAGAAAAUCAACAACUGGUUUCUGUUCAUUCUUGGGUGACACUCUCAUUUCCUGGACGCUAAAGAAGCAAAAUACAGUUUCUCGAUCUUCAACAGAAUCGGAGUAUAGGGCACUGGCGGCCCUCACGUCAGAUAUUAUCUGGCUACGCAGGCUUCUUACAGAUUUCGGCAUCUCACAAAACUAUCCAACAAAUCUCUAUUGUGACAAUAUGUCGGCAAUAGCUCUAGCCAACAAUCCAGUAUUUCAUUCCCGGACGAAACACGUUGAAAUUGAUCAGAAAUUCAUACGUGACCAUAUUCAACAAAAUCACAUUGUUCUACAUCCGAUCAGCACAAGGAUCAAAUCGCUGACAUUUUUACGAAGUCACUCUCAACGCCUCGGUUCCAAGAUCUUAGGAGCAAAUUGA